AUGCCUAGUUCGCCUAUUAAUAAGAUUAAUGUUGACCAAUGGCUUAAAGAAAACGAACAACAAUUUCAACCUCCUGUUUGUAAUAAAUUAUUACAUAAUAAUCAAUUGACAAUAAUGUUUGUUGGUGGACCAAAUAUUCGUAAAGAUUAUCAUUUAGAAGAAGGCGAAGAAGUUUUCUAUCAGAUAAAGGGUGAUAUGUGUUUAAAAGUUCUUGAACAAAAUCAACAUCGUGAUAUUAUGAUUAAAGAAGGAGAAAUCUUUCUUUUACCAGCAAAUAUACCUCAUUCACCGAAUCGUUUUGAAAAUAGUAUGGGAUUUGUUAUGGAAAGAAAGCGAGAUGAAGAUGAAUUGGAUUGUGUAAGAUAUUAUCAAGAUCAUUCAACAAAUCGUUUGUACGAAAGAUGGUUUCAUACAACAAAUCUUGGUAUACAAUUAGGUCCGGUAAUAAAAGAAUUUUUUCAAUCUGAAGAAUAUCUUACUGGUCAACCAAAAGCAGAUAGUUAUCUUGAAAAUCCACCUGUACAAAAUAAUGAAAAAAUAAAAUUAGAUUAUCCAUUUUCAUUAAAUGAAUGGAUCGAUAAACAUGAAGAAGAAUUUUCAAAUGGUAAACCAAUAAGUUUAUUUCAAGAUAAAUUUCAAGCAAGAAUAUAUGUUAUGCCAAAAGGUCAACAUUUGAUUGAUUGUUCUAAUUGUGAUGUUUGGUUAUGGCAAUAUAAAGGACAUUCAACAGCUAAAAUAACUACUAAUGAUAAAGAAGAAUCAGUUAUUGAUUUAGAACAAAUGGAUUCUGUUUAUCUAAAUCUUCAUUGGACGUAA